GUGAAAAUCGUCUUGAACUUGGUCUACAAGGUGCCGUACCUGACUUUUGGGUCUUCAGUUCCUACACUGAGUCAGUUUAUCAUCUCCUUUUUAGACCGGUGCUCAGGGACAGGCGACUGCAAGCAUGGAGGUUACCCCCAUCCAAGUCACUGUAACGAAUGUCUCUGCCCAAACGGACUUUCUGGUGCAAAAUGUGAAGACUUCGAACCACCGAGAAAAGCGGAGUGUGGCGGAAAAAUUACUGUAAGCGAAGAGUGGCAGUCUAUUGAAUCGCCGGGAUUUCCUGAUCCAGGCUACGAUCCCGAUCAGAAGUGCAACUGGGUCUUCGAGGCAUCAGCAGGCAAACGAAUUGAAUUCGAAUUUAUCGAAGAAUUCUCUUUCCUAUGCACAUCAACCUGUGUGGACUAUGUGGAGAUGAAGAUCUCAGCCGAUCUUCGCCCAACUGGAUUCAGGUCAGCUCUCCUUCUCUCCAUACAGGGUACCAAUGGUUGGUUUCGAAGUACCAUGGAGAUAUGA